AUGAGCACGGCCACUUUCACCGGCCGUUGCCUCCGGACUGCCUUCCCCCGAUCGGCUCCGAUACCGCGGCACACCACGUCUGGCCUCCGCUGGACUUCCUUUCGCUACUUCUCGUUUACCUAUAGACCGAAGCCCUCCUUCCGAUCAAUACCUAGACCGAAUCGUGGCGGCAGACGGACACUGCUGGCUGCGGCGCAAGUCUCCGCGCUGGGGACUGCUGCCUUUGUGGAAUUGUCAGAAGACAAUGGCGAUGGAGGAGAUGCUACUGGAGAGCAGCGCAUGCUGCAUGCGUCGAGGAAGGAGAUUGCCAAGGAGGUGAAAGACGAGGAUACGGGGCUGACGAGACUGAGGCGCAAGCUGGUCCUGUUCCUGGACCUCUACAUCUGGGAGCCCAUCUGCACUGGGGUGCGCUUCCUGCAGCUGGUGGUCAUUUUCGUGCCAGUACUUGCCACAGUGCCAGCAAUAUGGUUCGGGAGGAGGAGGCCUGAUCGCGACAAUGAGAGGACAGGCACAUUGUGGUGGUAUGGCUUCUUGGUCAAGAGCAUGGAAAGAGCCGGCCCGGCUUUCAUCAAGCUAGGGCAAUGGGCUGCCUCAAGAUCCGACAUCUUCCCCAACGAGAUGUGCGACAUCAUGUCCAAGCUGCACUCCAACGCCCCUGCUCACUCCCUACACGCAACAAAGCGCAUUGUCCGGGCUGCCUUUGACGGCCGCAAAUUCGAGGACAUCUUCGAGGAGUUUGAUGAAACGCCCUUGGGCGUCGGCGCCAUAGCACAAGUGUACAAGGCAAAGCUGAAGCCCGAUCUCGCGGCGCCAGGCGACGUCGACGUCCUCGAUAUGCCGCCAUCGCCCCUGAGGAAGAAUGUUAGGAAGAACGUCGAAUCGGUCCUCAAGAGCACCCCCAAGCGCGUCCCCUCCAACUACGUCGCCGUCAAGGUGCUCCACCCGGGCGUCGAGCGCACCGUCCGCCGAGACCUGCGCAUCAUGUGGUUCUUCGCCUCGGUUCUCAACGCCAUCCCGAGCAUCGAGUGGCUGUCGCUGCCAGACGAGGUGACCCAGUUCGGCCAGAUGAUGAAGCUGCAGCUGGACCUCCGCAUCGAGGCCGCGAACCUCACCAUCUUCCGCAAGAACUUCAAGGACCGUACGACGGCCUGGUUCCCCUUCCCCUACACCGAGUUCACCACGCGCAACGUCCUCGUCGAGGAGUUCGCGCAGGGCAUCCCCCUGGCGGACUUUAUGGAGAACGGCGGCGGCGUCUUCCAGCACGACAUCUCCAAGGAGGGCCUCGAUGCCUUCCUGCGCAUGCUGCUGCUCGACAACUUUGUCCACGCCGACCUGCACCCCGGCAACAUCAUGGUGCGCUUCUACCAGGCCGAGCAGCCCAACAUCCCCAGCCUGCCCCUGCGCAAGCCGUCCGAGAAGCCGCACCCGCAGCACCAGCCCGACGUCACCGAGCAGGUCCUGGCCCGCCUGCGGCCCAUCCGCAACAAGCAGGACACCAAGGCCUGGGAGGCCGAGCUCAAGAAGAUCGACGAGGAGGGCUUCCGCCCGCAGCUCAUCUUUAUCGACACGGGGCUCGUGACCGAGCUCAACGGCGCCAACCGCCGCAACUUCCUCGAUCUCUUCCGCGCCGUCGCCGAGUUCGACGGCUACAAGGCCGGCCACCUCAUGUGCGAGCGCUGCCGGCAGCCCGAGGCCGUGCUCGACGAGGAGGUCUUCGCGCUCAAGAUGCAGCACCUCGUGCUCUCGGUCAAGAGCAGCACCCUCGCGCUCGGCAACGUCAAGAUUGGCGACAUCCUGCAGCAGGUGCUGGCCAUGGUGCGCCACCACCACGUCCGCCUCGAGGGCGACUUUGUCAACGUCGUCAUCAGCAUCCUGCUGCUCGAGGGCAUCGGCCGCAGCCUCGACCCGGACGUCGACCUGCUGAGCUCGUCGCUGCCCAUCCUCCGGCAGCUGAGCGCGCAGAGCGGCGCCGAGAUGGCCAAGGCGGGCGACUUCUCGAUGGUGAUGGUGUGGAUGGGCUUGGAGGCGAGGAGGUUCAUGCAGGCUAGCAUUGAGGAUUACACACCACAGUACCUCAACAACAUCCAGCUAUAUAGUCAUGUGAAUCAUGAUGGGGAUCAGGUCCUCGACCCUCAUCUGUUCAUUGGUCAAGGCGAUUACCUACAGGCUACAGUCUCACCUGCUUUUGGGCAAACCUCCGACCUCGGCAACCUGCCUUUGGUUGCCUCCCCUCAACGCCUUCGAGUGACUUACUCCCAACGGGAUCCCACCUUCUUUCCUCCUUUCGCAAAGUUAAUUCCCAUGAGUCUCUUGUUCUGUGCCAAGCCUGCGGGUAUGGUUGCAAAGGACAUUCGCAACUCGCUGCGCAUGGAAAAGCCACGCGGCAUGAACCAUAUCCACUCCAAUGACGGGGAGCAUGUCUGCUAUAUCUGUGAGAAGCACCGAGCCUUCUACCGACACGAUCACCUCACCCAGCACUUUCGACACUUUCACAAGUUUGAGGACCAGAACUUGGCCCCGUUCAGAAAGCGACGCGGUGGCCAGGCUAGCAGCUCGGCUCGCGCUGUAGACCUCGCUCCUUUCUUCGAGGCUGCAUCCUCCGAUACUCCACGACGACAGGUGAAUAUCAAUGCGUUCAACCAACCCAUGGACUGGCCCCACGUUCUUGACGACGAUGCCACUCCACUUCAUAUCAAGUACCCGGAGUUCUACUGA